AUGGUUAUCACAGUUGAUUCAUCGAGCUCUGAAGAAUCUUCUCCAACGAAUGACGGAGUUUUUCAUUGUACGGAUCGGAUGAGAAAUCAAGAUGAGUCUGAUAUUGAUUGCGGAGGUCUCGAGUGUCCAAGAUGUCAAGAUUUAUGGCGCUGUAAAACAUGCUAUGAUUGUAUGAGUAAUCUAUGUCAAAACAACGUAUGUGUUGGUACGCCACAGGUAGAUACAACAACCACUACGAUCGUUAUUACCACUCAAUCAACUGCUCCUUCGCCUAUAAGUACAACUACCGCUAAGCCCAUCACUACGCACACGCUACCAACGACGUUGCUCACAAACACAACUUUAACAACUACAAGAGUAAUCUCAGAAACUUCAACGACCACCUCAAUCAUUCCAGAAUCGACUACAUCCACUAGAUCAACCAAUUCAGAACCGAGCACAACAGCUGCUUCAAAUACUUCGGGACCUAGUACUACAACCACUUCAACUGCUCCAGAAUCAAGCACAAUCACCACGUCAGUCACUCCGGAAUCGAGCACUACGACUGUUUCGAGUACUUUAAAGGCGAGUAAUACAUCUGCUUACAAUGCUGCCGAGAAUAGCAUCACAAUCAGUUCAACAAUUUCAGAGUUCACCACGACAACUUCAACGCCAAUGGUACAAAUUAAAAAUACAACUUUAAGAACGUUAGAGCCCACCUGGACAACUUCAACCUCAACAUCAAUGUUAUCGUCGGUAAAUACAACUUUAACAACACAAAUUGUACCAUUGGAAACAGCGUCGAGGAACUCGGGUCUAACCCAUUUUAGCACGUUGCAUAGUUUCUCUAUUGCGCUAUGUAUAUAUACGACAGUUUCCGUAUGUGUGCCUUGA